AUCGCUGUGUGUGUCGCCGCUUGCUCGCAAUUGUGCAGAAGACAUGGGGAAGAAGACGAAGAAGCCCGGGAAAGGCAAAGAGAAAACAGAGAGAAAAACUGCGAAAGCAGAGGAGAAGAGAGCUCGCAGAGACACCAAGAAAGCCUCUCCUGAAGACGACAUCGAUGCUAUACUGUUGAGUAUACAAAAAGAGGAAGCCAAGAAGAAGGAAGUCCACAUUGAAGAUAAUGUGCCGGCCCCGUCGCCGCGCUCCAAUUGUUCGCUAAACAUUAAUCCUUUAAAAGAUACAGAAUUGAUACUGUAUGGAGGUGAAUUCUACAAUGGUAACAAGACAUUUGUAUAUGGUGAUCUUUAUCGGUAUGAUGUGGAUAAACAAGAAUGGAAAUUGAUUUCGAGCCCUAAUAGUCCACCUCCUCGUAGUGCGCACCAGGCAGUUGCUUGGAAGAACUACCUCUAUAUUUAUGGUGGCGAGUUUACCUCUCCUAAUCAAGAACGGUUCCAUCACUACAAGGACUUUUGGAUGUUGGACCUGAAAACUAAUCAAUGGGAACAACUAAAUUAUAAAGGAUGUCCAAGCCCACGGUCAGGUCAUCGAAUGGUUUUAUACAAACACAAGAUCAUUAUUUUUGGUGGUUUCUAUGACACUCUAAGAGAAGUGAGGUAUUUUAAUGAUUUGCAUGUAUUUGACCUGGAUCAGUUUAAGUGGCAAGAGAUAAAACCUAGGCCUGGAUGCAUGUGGCCUAGUGCUCGCAGUGGUUUCCAGCUUUUUGUUCAUCAAGAUGAGAUCUUUUUGUAUGGUGGCUAUUCCAAAGAAAUAUCGUCUGACAAAAAUGGCUCUGAGAAAGGAAUUGUCCAUUCAGACAUGUGGUCCCUUGAUCCUAGGACUUGGGAAUGGAACAAGGUAAAGAAGGGUGGGAUGCCCCCUGGUCCUCGAGCUGGAUUUUCUAUGUGUGUCCAUAAAAAACGGACUUUGCUAUUUGGGGGUGUGGUGGAUAUGGAAGUUAAAGGUGAUGUAAUAAUGAGCUUGUUCUUGAAUGAACUUUAUGGCUUCCAGUUAGACACCCAUCGCUGGUAUCCAUUGGAGCUACGGAAGGCAAAGGCAAGGAAAGACAAGGUAAAGAAGACUUUUAAUGAAGAGCACAAUAGUGCUGCUCAUGACAAUAAAAUGAGUCCAAUUGAACCAGAAAAGUGUGCAGCAAGGGAUGGAGAUGAGAAUUUGGAGUACCACGAUGAAGCAGUUGACAUGGAUAGUGACACUGAUGAAAUCUCUCUUCAUAUGGAAAGGAGCAUGGCUGUUGAGGAUGCUGGGUUGACUGACAGAGCUGAUGGAAAGGCUCAUGAAUCUAGUUCGAGGUUGGCUAUGCAAAACUCAGAUUUGCCAGAGGUAGUGAAGCCUUGCGGACGUAUCAAUUCCUGCAUGGUCGUGGGAAGGGAUACAUUAUAUAUCUAUGGUGGCAUGAUGGAAGUUAAAGAUCAAGAAAUCACUCUUGAUGAUUUGUAUAUGCUUAAUCUCAGCAAACUUGACGAAUGGAAGUGCAUCAUACCGGCUUCCGAAUCUGAAUGGAUAGAAGCAUCAGAGGAUGAAGAUGAGGAUGAGGAUGAGGAUGAAGAUGAUAGCGAAGAUGAAGAAUGCAAUAGUGGAGGUGACAGUGAUGAGAGUAAUGAUGAUGACGACGAUGUAGAGACUAGGAAUGGUGGUGCUGGAUUACUUGAAACAGGGGAUGCUGUUGCUAUAAUUAAAGGUGAGGGAAAAAAUCUCCGAAGGAAGGAGAAACGGGCCAGGAUAGAGCAGAUCAGAGCGAGUCUUGGCCUUUCUGAUUCUCAGAGAACGCCUAUGCCUGGAGAAUCCUUGAAGGACUUUUACAAACGUACAAAUCUGUACUGGCAAAUGGCAGCACAUGAACACACUCAGCAUACUGGGAAGGAGCUUCGAAAGGAUGGUUUUGAUCUUGCAGAAGCUCGAUACAAGGAGCUUAAACCAAUCCUUGAUGAGUUGGCUAUUUUAGAGGCAGAGCAAAAGGUCCAAGAGGAGGAAGGCGCAGAAUCUAGUAGUUUGAGAAAAAGGGGCAACAAGAAAAAAGCACAUUUUACAUCAAAGUAGUUUGAGCUUAAAUAGAAUGCUAUGGUUACAACAUCGAAAUGCAUAUUUGGAACGCUCGGUGCUUCUCGGAGGGUUUUUGGACUUCUAUCCUGGGAGUGCCCUCUUACUCCGUUCGAGUUUUCAAGGUAUGGCUAAUGUAUACCAAAACAAGAAAAGAAGAUUUUACAUACUCAUUACUUUGGAAGAGGAAAAAAUCUUAAUUUUGUGGUGUGACAUAUUAGUGAAACUUACUCCAAUUCCAAAAUAUAAUGUUUUGGAAUUGGAAGUGUAGAAAAACUAAUGUAAAACUUCAGUUCGAUGGAUCUCAUCCAAGUCCAAGGUUCGAUCGAUCGAACAAUUCAUGUCGCUUCCAAAGCGUGGAUUUUUCCGAGUGCAACAUAAUUUCAUUGUUGAAUAA